AUGAGUGAGGCACCAGGAGCUGGGACAGGAAAGCUGAGGAUUUCCUCCAAGUUGGACUUGGAGCAUCCCUUGGCACCUCGUGCUCCCAUCGCCAGGUUCUACACAGCCCUGGUCACGGGAGACCUGAGGAGCCUGCAGCUCCUGACUGACAGAUACCACCAAGAUGUCAACCUGGUCUUUGAGAUCAGUAAAAACCAGCUGGAGUGGCAGGUGAAAAGCCAAGCCUCUUAUGGACUCUCAGGUGCUCAGGAGACGGUCCAGGAGGUCCUGGAGCUGCUGAGAAACACAGUUCCUCUCUCUGGGUGUGCCAAGCUCCUGCUGAUGCGCGGGGCGGCCGUGGAGCUGCCGAGCGAGGCGGGAGGGGACACGGCCCUGCACGUGGCCGCCAGGCACCGUCUCUGCCACCACGCCCGCCUCUACCUGCGGCGCCGCACCCGCGUCGACGCCCGCAACGCGCGCCAGGAGACGGCGCUGGGCGUGCUCUGCGGGCAGGCCCCGGGCGACGGCGACCAUUCCCUGCAGCUUUUCCAGCUGCUGCUGGGCCACGGCGCCGACGUGGAGGCCCGGGAUGAGAGCUGGAGGCGGCCCUUGCACCGGGCCUGCGGGGCGGCCGACGCCGAGCUGGUGCUGCCGGCGCGGCGCGGCGCCGACGCCAACGCCGUCGACUAGGACGGCGUGUCCCCGCUGGGCUAGGCCCUGCAGGGCGCUGCCUCCCGCCCGGAGCUGCGGCCCCACCUCAGCGUGAGGCUGCUGCUCAACCACGGCUCCCGGAAGAUUUGGCCCCCAGCCUUCGUCAAGGAACCGGUGCUGAAAUCCUGCACAGCCAUGCCGGAGGUCAUCGAGGUCCUCUUCAACUCCUACUCCCAAAUCCCGGUGUCCCAGGAGUGGGCCAAGGCCGUGCCAGAGGAGGUGUUCCAGCAGCACCCGCCAUUCUACCAGUCCGCCCGGAGCCUGCAGCACCUGUGCCGUGCCACCAUCCGGGCACACUGUGGGGACAAGUGCCACUCCCUCAUCCCCCUGCUGCCCCUGCCCGGGGCCCUGCGGGAAUUCCUGCUGCUGGAGCCCCAGGGAGUGGUGCUGUGA